AUGAAGAAGAAUCUGAAAGGUUUAGUAGGUUAUUUAGCCCCUUAAAACUAUGAAAUGAAUCUAUAAAAAGAGCUAUAAUAUAAAAAAAUUAAAAUAGAAAAAUAGCAUGGAAGACUUUUUAUUGCAGAAAGUAGUCAGGAUGAGAAUAUUAAAGUUUAUUGGUAGUAGAACAUUUGGCAAGAUUUGUUUGAGUUAAAAAUAGACUCUAUAAAAUAGUGUGCUUCUUAGCUGAAGUAAUAAUCAAAUUGGUGGUAUCAUUACUCUCCAAUAUUAAGAUUAAGAUGCAAAUUAAUCUAGGAUCAUCUUCCUCAUAUAAAAACUGAAGAGUUCAUUUUUCCAAUAUAAAGAAAUAUGAAUUCAUUAGGGGGAUUUACUCUUCUAGAAAAAAAUCUAGCUUUAUACAGCCCUUUAACAAGUAGCAAAUUUGCUAAUGGAGAGAUUCAUUUUUAAGAAGAUAAAGUUAAUCCUCCCAACAGAGCCUAUCUAAAACUUUGGGAGGUAUUUACUAUUAUAAAUAAAUACCCUCAAAAUAACUAAUUUGUGAUUGAAUUAGGAUCCUCUCCUGGAGGUUGGACUUGGGUAAUUUAAUAAUUUGGAGCUAAAAUCCUAUCAUGCGAUAAAUCUUUGUUAGAUCCCAAACUGUUAAAAUAUGAUAAAUUGCAAUUUAUAUAACAGGAUGCGUUUAAAAUUCUACCUGAUAACUUUAAAGAAGAAAUAGACUGGCUAUUGAGCGAUCUAAUUUGUUAUCCAACAAAAUUGCUUUAAUACAUAAAAAUAUGGAUAAGUAGUAAUAAAGUAAAUAACAUGGUUUGUACUAUAAAAUUUUAAGGAGAUAUUGAUUUUGAAAUAAUAGAAGAAUUUGCCUCAAUACCAAAUUCUUAGAUUUUUCAUCUUACAUAUAAUAAAAAUGAGCUAACUUUUGUUUGGUAAAAAAACAAACAAAAUUGA